AAGACGGAAGAAAACGGUAAACUAUUGCUAAUGGAGAAAAGGGAGAGAAAAACAUGGUUAAAUUGUACAAAAACGAAUGGUUUUAGCUACAGUCGACAGGGGAACAAGCUCUUACAUUGGUUUGUUUUCUGAUACAUGGCAAGGAAUAAUAAAGGUUAUUCAACAACCAUCAGUUCUGGCCUUCUCAGUUCGACUGGAUGCUACAGUAAGAGCUUGACCGCCGCCAUUUUGCUACACCACGAGGGCUCAAGGAUACUAUCGAAACACAAUCACCUUCAUGCGUUCAUACAUGUAAUAACGCCAAAGAGUUUGAUGCCAUGACAGAAAAAAUAAAUUCUUUGAAAACCAAGAUGAUGAACAUUGAAAACAGGCUGACGGGCUAUGAAAGUCGCAUUCUGCAGCUGGAACAAAAGGAGAGAAACACGGUCAUAUUCAGUGCUGGAAUUGAGGGAAGUUCACCAUUGGGUCCCUUUAACACAGACCAAACUAUAAUCAUUUCCGGAAAUGCCUACAACAAACUCACAGGUAUCUUCACAGCACCUGUUUCAGGUGUUUACUUUUUUACCUAUUUCUGUCAUUCUGGAGGUGGCAGUACAACAUCGCUGCAUUUGUACAAGAACAAUGAGGUGAUACUGGAAAUCCAUGAUCACCAGUCAGCUGACACGGCUGAUAAUGGAGGAAAUGCAGUGUUCCUGCAGCUGCAGCAGGGUGAUACAGUCUAUGUGCGCUUAAAGGCAAAUUCACAUGUCUAUAGAGCCAGCACAGUAACAAAUUUCAGUGGAUUUUUGGUCAAACAAAACAAUUAAAAAUAGAUUUACAUGUCUUUGAAAUUGUAUUUAGCUGCAGUGUUUCUUGUGUGUGCUCCAAUAAAACACAUUUAAAUCAUA